GCGGUGCCUUGUCUCGCCUGCUCUGCUCCAGACUGCGGCGGGCGGGCAGAGCUGUUCGUUACAGAAAUGGCGGAGGGGGAGUUGGACGUGGACUCGCUGAUUUCCAGGCUUUUAGAGGUGCGAGGAUGUCGUCCAGGGAAGAUCGUCCAGAUGACGGAGGCUGAGGUGCGCGGCCUCUGCAUCAAGUCCCGGGAGAUCUUCCUCAGUCAGCCCAUCCUUCUGGAGUUGGAGGCUCCGCUCAAAAUCUGUGGUGAUAUCCACGGACAGUACACAGACCUGCUGAGGCUCUUUGAGUAUGGCGGCUUCCCUCCAGAGGCCAACUACCUGUUCCUUGGCGACUACGUGGACAGAGGGAAGCAGUCGCUGGAGACCAUCUGCCUGCUGCUGGCGUAUAAGAUCAAAUACCCAGAGAACUUCUUCCUGCUCAGGGGCAACCAUGAGUGUGCCUCAAUCAACCGCAUCUACGGCUUCUAUGAUGAGUGUAAACGCAGAUUCAACAUCAAGCUGUGGAAGACUUUCACCGACUGCUUCAACUGCCUUCCCAUCGCUGCCAUAGUGGACGAGAAGAUCUUCUGCUGCCACGGAGGACUCUCUCCUGACCUGCAGUCCAUGGAACAGAUCAGACGCAUCAUGAGACCCACAGACGUUCCUGACACAGGCCUGCUGUGUGAUCUGCUGUGGUCAGACCCAGACAAGGACGUCCAGGGCUGGGGAGAGAACGACCGCGGUGUCUCCUUUACUUUUGGAGCUGAUGUGGUCAGCAAGUUCCUCAACCGUCACGACCUGGACCUGAUCUGCAGAGCCCACCAGGUGGUAGAAGACGGUUAUGAGUUCUUUGCCAAGCGACAGCUGGUGACUCUGUUCUCAGCUCCCAACUACUGCGGAGAGUUCGACAACGCCGGCGGCAUGAUGAGCGUGGAUGAAACCCUGAUGUGCUCCUUCCAGAUCCUGAAGCCAUCUGAGAAGAAAGCCAAGUACCAGUACGGAGGGAUGAACUCGGGUCGGCCCGUCACCCCUCCUCGCACAGCCCAACCCCCAAAGAAACGAUGAAGAAGGACGAAGGGAGGAAGAGACGCAGAGCGAGAGAGAUGAUUGUCAGAGAUUGUCUCCUGUUGGCUUUUCACAACACGAAAGAAGUCAGAGCAACACUCGGCAGAGGAGGAAACAGACGAACACGACUAUUUUAAAAAAAAGACACACACCAAACCAGUCUUUCAUUUACUCUUUUUUUUUUUCUUAUCUCCCUCUGAACUGCUGUCACUCUCCUCUUCUUCCUCAAUGCUUUUUUUCUCUGCAUCUGUGUAACCUUGAAAUGUUUUUAAAAAAACAAGUGUUGAAAGAAAAAUGAGAAAACAGUACAAGGAUGUCAUUCUGUAGCAUAUCAGAGUGUUUCUUUUUGUCUUUUGUCCUUUUUGCCUUUUUGUUUUCUUUACAACAGAAUGACAACUAGUUUAGUUCAUCACAUCUCUUGACUCCCCUGCCUGUACACACACAACAGGUAUUAAUGACGGCUGCUGGGUUUUCAAUAAAUAAUACAGGGAAGAAAUCCA